CCUGCACAUCACCUCACCCACCGGUAUUGUUGUCCUUUCAACAAGGCCGAGCGAGUUCGCACCGACCUUCUACGGCCGCUGCACUCCGCCCGCAUCCCUUGGCGUUGUGCUCAAGUCCGAUCUCCGCAGACGUCAUCUCACGCCGUCACCUCGACACCGCGAAUCAGCAGACAUUCACCACCUCCAGCCAACCAAACCAUGCCCUGCACCCUCCUGCAUCGCCUGUGCUCUAUCCUUCCCUAGCAGGCGAAGCGACUGGACACCGGCGCAGCGCAGGCUGCAACGUACCGUCAUCCACCAUCAUCCGAGAAGGCGCCGUCCGUCAGGAUGGUCAAAACACAUCUCCCCGCCCACAUGGACAGUGUGCGCCAGACCUUGCGUCCCAAACACCAGCUGUUGAUCCUCAAAUGCUACCCGCGCCUGCCCAAAAACAGCGCCGCCGACGUCAAGCCCAACGGCAGCGAGCUGAGCUACCUCGUCUACUACGCCAGCACGCGAAAGAGCAAGCUACAGAAGGUCGGCAGCUUUUUGGAGCGCAAGACUGCGCUCGAUGUCUCUCACUUCCAGAGUGUGCGCGUCCACGUCACGCUCCAAAUAUUGACUGCGCUGCUGGAGAACAAGGCCGUGGGAGCAGGCAGUGGGUUUGCCCUCAUCGCCCCCUACGUCCUCCGAAUCAUCCGCGAUUUGCUGAAUUCCACCACGGAUAUCAGUCUCAUCGAGGCCAGCUUGGAAACGUGGGAGAGCUUCUGCAACCACCAGGACGAAGCCACGCUCAAAGCAGACCACGAGUAUCGCGAGCUGUUUGAAAGCGUUGUCACGCUAUACGCCGCUUUUGCGCACCGAAAUGGCAGGAAGAGAUUGGGCAAGAGCGCGCAGAGCUUGGCAGUACAAGAUGUGAUUCGCUUGCGAGAGGCCGGUCUUGGUGCGACUCGCAGUCUCCUGGGCUCGGACUCGUUGACAAGCGAAAGCGGCCGGCAAUUGAACGUGGUGGUACCGGCCAUUUUGAGCAACAUGCAUGGCGAGGAUGAUGCCUACCUGACGAAUCUCGUGCGUCUGGGGAAGAAGUCCGAGGACGAGGAAAAAGAGCGAGCGUUGGCGAGGAGGGUCAGCAUGGCGACCACCCGAACGUUCGCCGAGGAAUCCAUCGAUGCCGACCCACGACAAGCCGAAGGAACCGCGCAGGAUGCCGAUGCGUUUGCAGAAGAAGAAGUCGCCAUUCUCGCGCUGGAAUGCUUGAGGGACGUCUUUUCCAGCGACAAUCGCGCCAUGAUUCGUGCUGGCACCAUGGAAGUGCUCAAGUAUUUAUCCACGACGAAGACCCCACCAUCCGAGAAGUCGAAACCGGCUGCUUCGGCGACUAGUUGGGCAUCGCGGCUCUUUGAAAUCUGCACGUCCUGGACCCCCGUACAAGAUCGCUUCAUUGUCAUGGUCAGCCUCGUCGAGAGCCUCGUUCGCUUGCCGCUACGGGAGGAGGAUCUGGACCAGCAUCUCUUGUACAGCAAUCUCAUCGAUCACAUCCUCUACUCCGACCUCAACAUCAUCGGCCUCUCCGCAAUGGAUGUCCUUCUCAGCCUUGUGCAACAAAUUCUGCGCGUUCUGCAGUUGAAUGCUUCUCGACUGGGAGUACACAGCGGGCGGAAUGGCGAGGACGUCUCGCAACCGCCUCAGUCAGCCAGAAAUUCCUCACCCGACCCGCCGUCUGCAGCGAGACUGGAGCUAUUGCGAAUGCUGAAACAAAACAUCGCACACCUUGGCACCCACGUUUAUUAUACCGACCAGAUCACGGACAUGCUUUCCGCCAUUCUCGUUCGUUUGAAGCCCAAUCCAGCGCCGACCGGCAUGCAGAAUCCCGUCAUCACGGCGGCCGCCAUCGAAGAACCACGAGCGGCUGCCGGAGAAGUGGCGUCCAAUAUCAGCGUCUCUGGACGAGAGAGACCCAACUCUUCAGCUGCCAACGGAUUCUUCUCCUUUGAAACCGCACGACUGGCGGCCUUGGAGGCAGUACGUGACAUCUUGCGGGUUUCAAACACCACAAGAUUACAGGCGACCGGGGGCGUCUCGAGUAGCCGGAGCAAAGUCCCGGUCACGAUAUGGGAAGGCACACAAUGGAUUCUGCGCGAUCCAUCUCCAGCAGUGCGCAAGGCCUACGUGGACGCUCUCACUACCUGGCUCCGAUUAGAGACCAGCAAGGCUGAUAUGCGCGUCAAGCAGCCCAAAGACAAGGCGAAGAAGAAGCCCGAGAAUGCUUUUGCCAAACGUGCGAUGAGCAAUGCGAGCAACAAAAAGGACAAGCAAAGCAAGAAGGCUACUACAACUUUCCUUCAGCUCUUGCAUUUGGCGGUAUUCGAGAAUGCACUGCAGUAUGCCAGCAUGGAAACCGUUGAGGCUGAGCGGGAACUCCUCAUGUUGCAUUAUCUUCUUGCAACACUGGUGCAGAGAUUGGGAGUCAACGCGUUGCAGAGCGGACUACCCAUGGUCUUUGCCUUGCAAGAUGAAGGCGCCAAGAGUGAGUCUAUGGCCGUCAAAGUCAGCACUGGUAGUCUGGUCUACGGCUAUUUGUGGGUUCUGGCAGAGGCCUACGAUUUCGACGUCUCGUCGGUAGGUCAAGAGAUCUUUGGCGAGAUCAAGCGACGCAAGCAGAACAAGCUCUGGGUGGAAAACAUCAGCAUGCCCGCGAGAGGCCUGGAAGACAUUGCGGCGAGUUCGAGAGAGUCUACCAGCUUGCCUGAGCAAAGCGGCGACGGUAUGAAGCCAUUUGAGCUGCGAGGUGAGCUCAUCGAACGAAUCGCCGAUUGCUACGCCACGACCGUAGCCUCACCGUCGCCUUCUGCCCCUGGAAGCCCUGGUCGCACCCCUGGCCAGCGUAGACUCAGCGCAUCCGCGGGUCCCGCUUUGGACCGGACGGCAAGCUCGUACUUGACUGUCAAACCACAAGCAGACUCUUCACUUCCGGAGAAAGUAAAGGAAGCAAUGAUGGCCACUUGGACCAGAGAAGGCUGUAUGUCUGACAUUGCCGCUGCUGCACCGAAAUCCAUCAGCUUGAGCGGCUACUCGUCACCAUCACAAGCUCUGGCCGCCGGCAAUCACCGCCAAUUGCUCGCAGCGGCCGCGAACACCAUGUCUUCUCGUAACCCAAGUCCUCUUCCGUCUGCGCAGCGUUUCGUGGCGCAUCAGACCCCGCAAGCAGGCCAACAAGUCCUCGGCGCUCACCUCAUGUCGGAGAGUCCGGCUCGGAGGCAGAGUGUCAGUUCGAACGGCAAACUCAGCAGCUCCGCCGGUGUACACGGUCGGAUUCGGGUGGAGGAUCUCAAGCGAGCGUUGGCAGAAGGCACCUUCAAUUCUAGCCUCACCAGCCGACUCUCUGAUCGUGGGGAUGAACAACAAGACGUGGCGAGUGAAAGCCUUGUUGAUGUUGGAGGCGAGGAUCUUACGAGUGAGAAUGGAGGGUUUGUAACGCCUCCGUCACGGGUGGAAGGAUCGCAGGCACCAUCUCUGCCGCCCGUGAUUCCGGAUGCCUUGGACCUGACGCCAAAGCGAGGCAAUCCCGUGGAAGAAGAGCCACCGCUAUUGGAAUUGGCCGUGCUACCUGUGAGGAGACCGCCUUCUCGAGCGGGAGCGAGUGUGAAGAGUCAACGUGGCCAAGGCCGAAGAAAUCUCGCUGCCCUUCUGGCGGGAAUUGAGACUGAGGAGUUGGGGGCGCGGAAGUCCAGUAGGAGUGAGCGUCCGCCGUAUUGAGUGGCUUGUAUAUAUCAGAGACAAUUCAGUGUGGCCCCAUGCUCCUAUGCCCUUGUAGCUCAAGAAUGG